AUGUCUGAACCAGAAAUCAUAACACCAUCGGAUCUAACGGUCGGGGAAAUUGAGGACAAGGAGACGAAGAAGCAGCGGCUCGAGUAUCUCGAUUUCGUUCGAGUUGUCGCAAUAUACGUCGUCGUAUGUUGCUCCACAAUCUACGAAUACGCCAAGGAGAACGCCGGUCCGCUUAGACCGGGCGUCCAAACCGUUGAAGGGACCGUAAAAACAGUUGUGGGGCCGGUUUUCGAGAAAUUCCGCCAUGUCCCCGUUCACCUUCUCACAUUCGUAGAUCGCAAGGUGGGCCAGUCCUUAAUCGAGUUGAACCAUCACGUGCCAGCUAUUCUUAAGCUAGCCACAAGCCAAGCCUUGACGGCGGCUCAUUCAGCUUCAAAACUGGCUAAAGAGCUGGCAUCGGAGGUGCAUGAAGCUGGCCUUGUGGACACGGCUUCUAAAAUCGGCAGAGCCGCUUACAUCAAAUACGAGCCGGCAGCCAACGAGUUGUACGCCAAGUACGAGCCAGUAGCCGAGCAGUAUGCAGUCGCGGCUUGGCGGGUCCUUAAUGGGCUCCCUUUGUUCGCCCAACUCGCCCAUAUUAUGGUCCCAACGGCUGCCUAUUGGUCCGAGAAGUAUAACCAAGCCGUGGCCUUUUCUGCCGAGAGAGGCUAUGCCGUGUCGUGUUACCUGCCGUUGGUACCCAUUGAGAGGAUCGGCAAAACGUUCGGGGCCGAGAGUGGGCCCACUGUUUCGACAUCUUUGAAUGGUGAAUACGAAUCCUAUAUUUCUCAAUAA